AUGUCUGAAACUGCUGGUACCGCUCGCGAGCACAGUGAAGAUGUUCCAAAUAUCGAAGUAGACCUUCAGGGGUUUUUCCAGGCAACCGACAAUGAUUCUUCUUACGGCCAAGAAUUGUUAAAACAACUCACUUACCUACGGGCCGAACAAACCGCUGACUUGAUGCUAGUUCGACCUACUCCGCCUCUCUCACGUCAUCGGUCCUUGACUAUCGGAAUGAGAAUGGGAGACGUUAUCACGGCUAUCGUGACGGUCGAAACUAUUCCUUGCGCCUAUUGGAUCUUCACCACAGCGGGUCCUGGACAUCGGAACUGGAACAGGAAUAUGGGUCAUGGACUUUGUGUUCCUCCAAACGUGAAAUUCAUCGUCGAUGACUUCGAGGAUGAGUGGGUGUGGACCGCUCCUGGUGGAUGGGUUGAGUUUCAGGACUGGGAUACCAACAUGUACUCGGAAGAUGGUUCAACCAAAGGUACAUCGAUUGAACAAUAUUACAGGGCGACCAUUGAUGGCUUCACAAAUGCUGGAUAUGUAGCCAGUCCGGGACCGCGUCUAGAACAGUGGUUUCGUGAAGCUGGUUUUCAAGAUAUUCAUGUUCAAAAGUACCGAAUCCCCAUUGGCGCCUGGCCCAAGGACAAGUAUUACAAAACUCUUGGAACUUGGAAUCUACUCCAGGCCGAAACUGGUUUUGAAGCCGCCGCUUUGGCGGUGCUGACAAGACAUGAGAAAUGGUCUCCAGAGGAAGUCAACGUUCUGGUAGCUAAGACCAGGAGUGAUGUCCGGAAUCCCAAUAUCCACCCGUUAUUUGAUUUUUACGUUGUCUAUGGGCGGAAACCUGAGAAUAGCGGCACAAGGGCAUGA